GGCAUGGAGCUGUGUUCUGGCAAGGUGUGCAGCCCGGUCGAAGAGUUUGGUGAUGGGUGAACAGAUUGGACCUUCCUCCAGACCAUCCUCUCCCAAUCCACAAGACCGUGUGCUGAAGUGUGGCUGGCUGAAGAAGCAAAGAAGCAUUAUGAAGAACUGGCAGCCGCGGUGGUUUGUUCUGCGUGGGGACCAGCUCUUCUACUACAAAGAUGAGGAGGAAACCAAACCUCAGGGUUUCAUUCCACUGCAAGGCAAUCAGGUGAAUGAGCUGCCACCUAAUCCUGAUGAACCAGGGAAACAUCUGUUUGAAAUUGCCCCAGUUAUUCCUACUCUGCUCUCAGUGCCUGAGGAACAUGAGACGGCUUGAGAUUGAGGUCAUUAGUGAGAUGAUACCUGAAUUCUAAAGAAAACAUUCCAAGAUCUGCUCUCUAGGAGGAGAGGAACACUGGGUGACUCUAAAUGGUAAUGUCUAGAUUUUGUUUGCAUUAGGGUAUAACACCUGAAUCACAGC